AUGGCCGACUUUGGAUUCACCUCUCGCCUCACAGGCAAGACCGUGCUCGUCACCGGCGCCUCGAGCGGCAUCGGUGCCGCGACGGCCAAGCUGUUUGCGACGUUUGGCGCCAACCUCGUGCUCGUCGCGCGCCGUGUCGACCGCCUUGCCGAGGUCAAGGAUGAGUGCCUCAAGGCCGGUAACGGCAAGAACACCGUCGAGGUGAUCGCCGCGGACAUGGCCAAGAAGGAGGACAUCGACGGCAUCAUUCCCAAGCUCAACGGCAAGCAGGUUGACAUUCUUGUGAACAAUGCGGGUCUGGCGCUUGGCCGUGACCAGGUGGGAGAGAUCAAGGAUGACGACCUUGUCGACAUGAUCACCGUCAACGUGCUCGGCCUCAUCCGCCUGACCCAGAAGUUUGUCCCCGAGAUGAAGAAGCAGGGCUUUGGCCUCAUUGUCAACCUCGGCUCCAUCGCCGGACGCGAGGCGUACCCCGGAGGCUCCAUCUACUGCGCCGCCAAGCACGCCGUCGCGGCCUUCUCGUCGUCGCUGAUGAAGGAGCUCGUCAACACCAACAUCCGCGUGUGCGAGAUCCAGCCGGGCAUGGUCGAGACCGAGUUCUCCGUCGUGCGCAACUAUGGCGACAAGGCCGCCGCCGACGAGGUGUACAAGGGCAUCACCCCUCUCUCGGCACAGGACAUUGCCGAGGAGAUUGUGUGGGUCGCGUCGCGCCCGGAACACGUCCAGGUGGCCCAGAUCCGCGUCGGCAGGCAUCGCGUACCGCAAGCCAUAGUAGGCCUGGGAUGGUGGUAUGAGAAGAAUAUGCAGUUGUUGUGA